GCAACGAAUUUAGUGAAUAUAGUACGGAUAACAUUCGUUAAAACGUCGUUGCAAUGUAUGUGGCUGUACUUCUUGUCUGUGUCGGUUAUCUUGUUCGGGGAAGUGAUGGGGCAACGUUCUUCUCGCCGACAAUUGUUCGUACAAUAAAUGGAGAGAAAACGACCUAUUGCGAAUAUGAUGGGAUAGAAUAUACGCCGCCAGGAAACUUCACGGACAACAAGGCGUGCGUUAAAUGUACAUGUAACGAGAAGGGCCUCAGUUGCCAUUCGAUAUCGUUCAAAUACCACUAUGACGAGACUACAGCCCAGUGCCAGGUUGUGACCAUAAAAUGCAAGAACUUUUGGAGAAUGAAGAAUGACUUAACCAAGGAAUGUCCGAAAAACAUGCUCCCAAAAGUGUUGUCGAUGUCGGGCAAAUAAAUAAACAAAAUUAUCGUUUUUUGAAUAAAAACGCUUAAAACAUAA